CAGGUACUUGUUUGGCUGCUUUUGGAAAAUCUCUUUCCUAGUUAAUUAACCAUUUUCAAAAGAAAGGGGAAACAGAGGAAAUUUUGGGAAUUGUGGAGUCCUUGAGUGACGGGACGAAAUUAUUAGCGGAUAUACACCACCAGCAAUCAAUGUCACGCCAGAAUAUACGAAUUUCAAGCUUAGAUAACAAAUUAAAAGCUGUGGUAGAAAACAGAGCUUGAUGGAUGGCUUUUUGGCGAUCAUUUAUCCGAUAGGGUAAAAAAUGCCAAACAAAUGGAGAAGUCUGGCGAAGAAAUUCGGAAAAAAAUUUCCUUAAACAAAAAUUCAUUUUUACGAAAUUCAAAAAACAUGAAAAUUCCACCCAAGCAUACAAGUUUGGGUGGAGUGCCUCACCACUACAAGAAGAUGAGGCAGACAACAACUUCGUAUGCCCAUCCUCAGAACCAGAGGUACAACCAACACUACGACCAAUUUCCGAGCCAAUCAAGAGGCCAAUAUCAAUACAAAAGGAGAGUAGUAACAAGGAGGAACCAACGACAAUCUUAAAUAAUCAUUGCGGAUCAAUGGAGGAAACCACAUCCUUUGUGGCACAACCUUUCCCUGGUAGUAGGAGUCUUAUCGAACAGAGCAUUAGGAGAACAGGGGUAACUGGGGAAACAAUCCAAAUAAUGAUUUCUUCAAUAUCUAAAGGCACCAUAAAACAAUAUACUAGUACUUUAAGGUGUUGGUGGCAAUUUUGUAUUAAUAAUAAAAUAGAUGUUUUUCAUUUAUCUAUAGACUUAACUCUUAAGUUUUUAACAGAACUUUAUAAUUCAGGGGUGGCCUAUGGUUCUCUAAAUUGUGCAAGAUCUGCAUUGGCUCUAAUAAUAUCACCAGAGAUUGGCUCUAAUGGAGGGAUUAAAAUAUUUUUUAAGGUCAUUGGCAAUUUAAGACCUAGCAAACCUAGAUAUGAUUUUACUUGGGAUCCGUCUAUAGUAUUAAACUUUCUUAAAGAGCUUUAUCCACUUGAAAAUCUGUCUCUUACAGAACUAACUUGUAAGCUAGUAACCUUGCUUGCUUUAAUAACUGCACAUAGAGUGAAAACUUUGGCCUUAAUUAAAUUGGAAAAUAUUUUCAGAGAUGAGACAGGUUUUGAAAUUUGGAUUACCGGCCGGACAAAAACUUCCAACAAGACCAAAAUCCAACCAGUAUUGCAUGUGCCAUAUUUUGCUGAAGAUGAAAAAGUGUGUGCUGCAAAGACCUUAGAAGCAUAUCUUAAUAAAACAAACAGAUUAAGAAAUAAAAUUUCAAAUUUAUUAAUAACAACUAAAAAACCAUAUAAGCCUGCAACAUCUCAAACCAUCAGCCGCUGGAUUAAAUACACCCUUGAACAAAGUGGUUUAGAUAAUGAGAUUUUUGAGACAGCACACAGUACUAGGCAUUCUUCUACAUCGUUGGCAAAUAAAAAAGGAAUUAAUAUAGAUCUGAUUAAGAGCACUGCAGCACCCUCGAAUGGUCCAAGCACUAAUAUGUUGCUUGGCCAAUCUUGUGAUCCGCUGGAAGCGCCGACAGCAGCGCCUCUACCUAACGUUUCGCUUACUGCAAGUCUCGUAAUGGCAGCAUCAACCGAAAUAGGGGAAUAUAAGGUAAAUACGGGCGAUGUUACGGUGAAGCAGUCGUUCGUUAAUUUUAAUCGCGCGUCAAGGGUUUUAUUAUCGACCGCAGUGGUAGAUGUAAUCGAUAAACACGGUAAUACGCAUCUGUGUAGGGUUUUGCUGGAUUCUGGUAGCGAAUCUUCAUUUAUAACAGCAGAGUUGUGUAAUAAGUUGGGCUUAGUAACUAAACAAACAAAUAUUUCGGUGUCUGGGAUUGGGCAAACGAAUUCUAAAAUUUUAAAGCAAACAUCAGUUACGAUUCAAGCGCGUCAAAGACUUUUAAGUUUAAGUUUGUCCAUAUUUUGUGGCGGGCUUAAUAAGUCCACCGAAAUCCGUGCCAUCUCGUGGUGA